AUGGCUCCACUCCUUCUCAAGGUCAAAGGCAACAAGUCCUUCUCCCCCUUCUCCAACCUUCACGACCAAGAUUCGUUGCUACGAACAUGGCGUGUCUGCACAAAGGUAGCCGCUCAUCUCGAGCAGGGUCAACGUCUCGAAAACCUCAGUUGGCGACUAUGGUACCUUCAUGAUCUCAUCGUCGAGGACAACGAUCUCAAAAGUCGACGAGACUUCAAGAAGCUCUCCAAGAGCACCGGUGAGAAGCUCGAUCGCGACAAGGGUCGUGCUAUUGGCGAGCUCACAGCUCCACCUUUCCGCAAGACCGACUCUGGAGAAGCACUCCGCAAGAAGGCCGUCGAGCGACAAAAGCUCCGUGCUCUUGCCGUGGCCAAGUUGCAGGGCAAGUUCAGGAACAAUGCCAGCAAGCAGAGCAUCAAAGACAUGCAAUACACUUUUCCUCUCGAUCCUACCCUCAACUUCAGGCGCACCACCGUAGCCAACAAGGAUACUUCCAAAGAAUAUUCCCACACACAGCGUCAGAAUGCGCCUCUAGGCACCACCAACAAGUUCCCAGUCAGCCUUUCCCCACAACCUUCUUCCUCCAGUAGCAGCCGCAGCAACAAUGACGCACAAGCUGAUGCUAUGCAACUCAGUACCCAUCCUCAACAGUAUCAACAACAACAACAACAACAACAACAGCAGCAGCAGCAGCAGCAGCAGCAACAACAACAACAACAACAACAACAACAACAACAACAACAACAACAACAACAACAACAACAACAACAACAACAACAACAACAACAACAACAACAACAACAACAACAACAACAACAACAACAACAACAACAACAACAACAACAACAACAACAACAACAACAACAACAACAACAACAACAACAACAACAACAACAACAACAACAACAACAACAACAACAACAACAAGACCAACACCACUUGUUCGACAACAGCGCAUUCGAUCAAAACGCCACUUUCGACCAGAUCAUGACUAGUGCUGGCUUGGGCGGUAUGGGCAGUGCCACAGAUGGAUACAGGCUGGAGGACAUUGAAGCCGCUGAACGUGAUCUCUUGCUCAACCACCACAUCGACCUGAAUGCUCCUCUCGACAGCUUGCUCGCAGGUCUCGGCAACAUGGAAGAUGUGCACAUGGAUUUCUCUGAUCUUGGACUUCCCUCGGGCGACCUGCCCAACUUCAACGCUCCCUUCAGUCAGACGCUGACCGACCUUUCGGCACCAAAGUCAAGCACCACAGCCCGCCAGAACGGCCCACCAAAGCUAAAGCAGAUCAAGAGAAAGAAGACCGACCCUCAGCCUGCAAAGGUCGCUUCCGAGCUUGCCCGUAAGAAAGCGGAAGAGCUUCGUAACAUCCGCAAGAUCACCGAGCAGACUCAGCGAACCCACAUCCAGAACAGCUCGCGCCCUGAAAGCAAAGAGCUGUCUCCAGACGCGAGUGUCGGAAGCAGCAGUACUUGGCCUGCAGCACAGAGUGCAGAUGCCGUUCGGUCUGAUUGGCUCAGCUCUGCUACUACGAUGUUCAACAUCAAUCAAUCCACCGGCGCAGAUGCCAUGCACGGUCUUUCACAAAGCCUGCCUGAAGGAGCACAUCUUCCCCUCUCCGGUUACGGUAGCAUCGCCAAUACUCAGAAUUCGAUGCAUAACCUGCAGAUCGACACUUCGCUUUCCACAAUCCAAGGCAACAGCACUGGUGCAAUGCAGCCUCCUCCCUUCGGCGCACGAGGCACUUCGGUCUCUGUUCCCACAACACCAUUGCUUGCACCUGAAGCUGGUCCCUUCCAAGGGGCUGACCGUCCUGUCGACUCGUUGUCUGCUCCCUCUUCUCCUACUCUGCGGCCCCAGCUUAGCAACAUCGGUCGCUCAGGAUCUAGUCCAGGACCAUCGACAAGUGCCAGUGCCUCAAAAGCUGCCGCUAAGCGACACUCGACCGAUGCAACGCUCACGGCCGCAGAUGGCGUACCCAAACCCAAGGGUCGCGGUCGUCGAAGCAUUGCUGGAUCCAUCGCAUUCACCGCCAUCAACCCAGAUCUCAACAACAAGAGACCAGACAGCUUGCCUGCAGGAAGCUCUACACCCAACACUUCGUUUGCAUCAGGCAGCGCUCAUCCUACACAAGCUCAGUGCACCAACUGCGGUGCUACAUCCACCCCGCUCUGGCGACGAGACCCCAACGAUCUCCUCCUUUGCAAUGCUUGCGGUCUCUAUCUCAAGCUACACAAGACACCUCGUCCCAAGAGUCUGAAGAACCACCAUAGCCAUUCGCACUCGGGUCACGUCACUCCAUCGGCAACACCUGGCGGAGCUUCAGCACCUGGCUCACGAGCUGGCUCACCUUCAAGGGACGGCGAACCAGGAGCAGAGGAUAUGAUGUCAUGCUUCAACUGUGGCACCUACACCACCCCACUGUGGAGGAAAGAUGAUGCAGGGCACACGGUGUGCAAUGCUUGUGGCUUGUAUCUCAAGCUACAUAACGAGCAUAGGCCAGUGACAAUGCGUGCCGAUGUGAUCAAGAAGAGGUCGAGGUAUGACGAGAAGAGAGGAAGAGCAUCGGCAGCUAACUCAAGGAGGACUUCACCUCAGCCUCAGAGCGGGUCUUCUUGGGCAGGUGCGCAAGGCGCUACCGCCGCCAGUACUCAGCAGAUCAGUGAAGAACCGAUGGCGAUCGACAAGCCAACUCAAAACAGAGCCAAGAGCAACUCCGUCACCUUCCACUUACAGCCAACCAUCGCAGGUGACACGAGCGAGACCCAACCGAAUUCGACAUCAGCUCCCGGAUCGGCUUCAUUCCCGAGCCGAUCAUGGCCGUGUAUCGGCGGCGGCGGAGGAGGAGGAGGGGGAGGAGGUGAGGCCAACAUUGCCAACCAGAUCAAUGACGCAUUUGCAACAGCUGUCAAUCGCUUCUCAACCGGUGUAUCUGUACAGCAACAAACGACAAGCACGUCGCCAUCAUCGGCAGUCGGCUCUGGUUCUGGCCCGAGUGCUGAUCAAACGGGGUCUUUGACUCAAGCAAGCCAGCAGCAGUAUGGGUGGAAUGUUUGGUCUCAGCAGCAACAGCAAUCAGGCGCUCCGUCCAUGUCUGGAUCCAAGGGCACUGGCACAUGUUCGUCGAACAACUCGGCUACUUCGCCUCCGAUUGCUAUCCCAGCAUCUGUGCCUGGUCAGACAGACAUUCAGACACUCUCAGCAGCUUUCUCUGCUCACCCAGCACUAGCUUAUGCUGUCCAUCAGGCAGCCGAGAAGUUCCCAGCUUUCUUUGCGCAGAAUCCAUUGGGUGCGACAGCCAGUGUAGCAGCAGCUGCGGGGAUUCACAAUCCUUUUGCCAAUGCCAAUUUGAAUGCUUCCGUCACUUUCCCACCUACUUCUCUUACCAGCAACAUCGCCAACAGCAGUGGUAACGACCAAGAACAACACCCUCCCAUCGACAUAGCUCGUAAUGUAGGCACUCGAAGUAAUCUUGAUACAGGUCACGAUAGUAUCAUGAUCCAUCUUGCCUCUGCAAGUUCACCUGACAGAUCAAGUACCACUACAAGCGUAGGUGCGCCUAAUCGUGGCAGUGGGGCAAGAAAAGAUGCUGAUUUCAGUAGAAUCUUACCUGCUACUGCUGUUGUUGCUAAAAGUCAAGUUGCUAUUCAACUCACUCAAGGUGCAACGCCUAAAGCUUCAAGUUGGUCCUAG